AUGGCCACCAAGGCUCACUGUGCUUACUGCUUCGAAUCUCUCGUUGCUAGUUUCGAAAGACGCCAGCCACUAUCUUUGUCCCAAGUUGAACAGCUCUGGACCAAACAGAAUGGAAGGGAAGAGGAGGAUGACAUAACAGAUGUCGAUGGUGCAGACGACGAGCCAGAGCCAAGUACCUCCCGCGUACCCGCCAUCUCACGUCUGCUCAACAGCGACACUUCCAGAUACAACUCGUCCUCGUCGAGCUUGACGUCUCGCUCUACCUCGACUCAAGCCUCGACCUCCUCCAGCCGCACCUCCCUAUCCUCCCGCUCCAAUAUCUCUCCUUCGGACUCGUACCCUCUCUUCGUGACCUGGAACACAGUCUCCCCACGCAGCGGCCAAAAGUCCCUUCGCGGUUGUAUCGGCACCUUCAAGCCCCUACCCUUGGAACAAGGACUCGCUGAUUACGCCUUGACUUCUGCCUUUGAAGACUCCCGCUUCCCGCCUAUCCCUUCGUCUCAACUUCCACAACUGCAGUGUUGUGUUACCCUACUGACUAACUUCAGCGACCCUUCUCGUGACAUCAUGGCGUGGGAGGUGGGCAAGCAUGGCAUCAGAAUCAGCUUCUCAUACCAGGGUAGAAAGCUGGGAGCUACCUAUCUGCCUGAUGUGGCUAAAGAGCAAGGGUGGACCAAAGAGGAGGCCUUGAUCAGUCUGAUGAGGAAGGCUGGCUGGUCGGGUAGGAAGGACGAUUGGAGAAAAGUUGCUGCUGGCAUGGAGUUGGUCACCUACGAGGGCAAGAAGGUCGACUUGAGUUAUGCCGAGUUCAAGGAGUGGAGCGACAAGAUCAAGGCCUGA